AUGCCAUUAAAAAUAUUAAAUAAAACUCUUAAAAAGGGAUCAUCCUCCAUUGUACCAUUGACCAUAUUUAUAAAGAUUGAUUCCAUAAGUAAUAUCCUUCAAGGAAAUGAACAUCUAUGUAAUAGAGAGACUCUAUUCGAACUACAUUGGCAUCGUGGUAACCAUCGAAAAGGUGUCAUUCCAAAUCUAAGUCUCAACAAAGACGGUGAAUUGAAACCCCAAAAUUCCAUCAAAAUACCUUGUCGAUUUACGAGAGAUUCUUCAACUGAUGAAUUAUCAACUAAAAAAUUAACUAUUAAUUUAAAAAAGUAUGAAAAUGGUAAAAAGAAAUCAUUGAUCAAAUUAUCAACAUUACAAAUAGAUAUUGCAAAGAUUGCAGAUAAAGACGACCAAAAACCAAGACAAUAUACUUCAACAAUGAAAGGUUGUGAAGAAGUUAAAUUUAAACCUUAUAUUGAAUUUACAGCAUCAAUUGUAAAUGGAAUUGAUGAAGAUGUAGUAGAUGAUGAUGAUGAUCAAUAUGUUUCACCACCAUCCAAUAGAAGAGAAUCUGUUUCUAGUUUGGGAAGUGGAGGUGGUAGCGAUCCAAACCAUUCUCAUGUGAAUGGAGACCAAUCGUCAGACAAGAACUCUUCUCCAGGAGACGACCCAUUUGAUUUUAACUUUGAUAGAGGAUCGACAGACUUUUCAAAACAGUCACCUGAAAACAAUCGAAAGAGUAUUGGUGGAGAACUCGGUCGUACAGAGUCACCCAUAUCAUUCUCUACACCUCCAACACCUUUACACCAAUCGUCACCAAAUAUACCAAUCAAUGCUGGUGGAAGAGCAACACCCAUCCCCACUCAACAACAGUUUAUGUCACCAGGUACUCCAUCCUAUCUCUAUGAACGGUCAUUGGUCAAUGAAUCUUCGUCAUCACCAGGAAACAAAAACUUAAAUACAUCACAAAUGAAUGUCCAAUCACCAUACAGUACCACUGGAGUACCAUCACCACUUGCACCAAGUCCACCAAAGACAGCACGUAGAAACUCUAUUCAUGGAGCCCAACAAAAACCAGAGCAAAAGAAAAGGGUCAAAGUGUUUGGUUUCUUAAUGUCCGACAAACAAAAGCAACAACUUCAGUCUCCAACAUCAGACAAACCACCAUCGCCCGCCAAAGAGUCGAGAUGGGGCAAGAGAAGACAUUCUAUCACCGAAGCUAUUCCUCCCUCUUAUAUGAGAGACUCUGUUGAAAAUACCAAUACCAUUGUUCCACCCGCAGAAGAUGCAAGUAGUACAAUUGCCAAUAAUGGUAGUCUAAAGAAUAGUAAUGGUAGUAUUCCAACUACAUCUCCACCUUCUCAACAACAACAACAUCAUAGACAAGGUAGUCUAACAGAUCAAUUAAAUCAAAAUGAAGAAAGAAUGGAUCCUAUUCAUUCAAUUUUAAUGACAAGAAAUAGUGAUGAUAAAUUAAAAUUUAUAAAUGAAGAAAUGAUCAUUUACAAGAAACCAGAAUAUUCAGAAAGUAUUCCAAUUUCUUCAAUUGUUAUUUAUAAAUGUCUAUUUGAAUGGAAGGAAUUCUCUCCUCAUAACCAUAUUUGUUUAAAAAGAAUAUUAGAAUCUUUUGAUUAUUUAACAAAGAUGGAAAAAAUGGAUAGAGAAUCAAGUUGUUAUUGGUUAUCAAAUUGUUAUGUUUUAUAUUAUUUGUUGGAUAAUUCAUAUUCAUCUAGAGUUAAUUCAAAGAGUCGUGGAUCACCAGAGAAAUCACCAAAGUCUGAUCUAUCGAGCAACAGUGAAACCCAAAACAUCAAGUUUACCAUUAAUUGCAUGAAAUCGUUCCAAAAGAGCUUUUGGAGAUUGUUUUGGAGAAAUAUUCAAAUCGAAUUGGAAAUGGUAUUGAAACGAAUGGUUCAACUUAUUGGCGACCAAGAUUUCCAACAAUCACCACUCUUUGUCAACUAUAUUCUUAGUACUAUUGACUUUUUAGAGAAACGAGUACCAUUCCAAACACUCUGGCCAUACGUAUUCAAACAAAUAUUCUUUUACACGAGUAGUUAUUUCUGUAAUCAAUUCCUUGAAAACUCUACCAUCUCCAAUACCACAUCGGUUGUUAAUUUGAAAUUAUUAUUCUCUUCAAUCACUCAAUGGAUUCAAGAAAACAAAAAUUUAAAUUAUUUCUAUUAUUACAAGAUUGAAAUGACACCAAUAUUUCAAAUGUUGGAUACAUUAAUGAUUGAUAAGAAUACAUUAAUUGAUGAAAAUGUUAGAAGAGAUAUUUGUCCGUCGUUGAACCCAACACAGUUGGCUGUCUUGUUGUUGACUUACCAAUCUGACCAAAGAAAUCAUGAUGAAAUCGAUCCAGUAGUCAUCAAAGUGUUGCAAGAUGAAGGUAUCAAGAAACAGAGCUUACAAAUAACAACCAAUCUCAACAUUGUCUUUGACCUACCAGAAUCUGUUGAACCAAGUAGAAGAAUUCUAGAUACAAAGAUACCAACCUCUAUUACUUCAAAUAAGAAAAUGAAAUUUAUUUAUAAAAAUAAUCAAGUUUAUUAA